ACGUCACAUAAGUUUGCGGUGAAGUGAAUAUAAAAAGCCUACGCCAGCCAGCUUGAUAUAUCAGUUCGAUUCUGUAUCCUAUCAAAUCCAAACCAAAAAUGGCAUUCAAGUUCGUAGUACUUAGCUGUUUGGUAGCUGCGGCUAGUGCUGGUCUUUUGCCGGCUGCGCCCUUAGCCUACUCAGCUCCUCUGGCUUACUCCGCCCACGCUCUCCACGCUCCAGUCGCCUAUGCUGCUCCCGUUGCAAAGGUUGCCGUAGAAGAAUAUGACGCUCAUCCCCGUUACAGCUUCGCAUACGACGUUCAAGACGGACACACUGGAGACUCGAAAACACAACACGAAACCCGCGAUGGUGACGUUGUUCAAGGCUCUUACUCCGUCGUCGACCCUGAUGGCACCAAGCGUACAGUUGAAUACACUGCUGAUCCCCACAACGGUUUCAACGCUGUCGUACAUAGAGAACCUCUUGCCGUAAAAGCCAUCGCACCAGUUGUCGCUAAAGUCGCAGCUCCAGUUUCGUACGCCAGCCCGGUUGCAUACGCUUCAGCACCCGUAGUACACGCCGCACCUGUAGCAUACUCUGCCCCUCUCUACCACCAUUAAGUUAUUUUAAAUACAUACCUCUUGCCAUAAUGUAAAUAA